AUGGACGAUGACGGAGACAUGAGAGACAUGUGUGGCAUGGAGAAGAAGAUGAAGGGUCAUGUGGCGGAGGAAAUGUGGUGGUAUGAGAAUGUUAUGGUUACAGUAGAGGAUGCGAGGUUGAUAUACAUGGAGUAUGAUCUGAAAAAUGUUGGUGGCUCUGUGUUUGGCAUUUUGAAGAAUUUACUGGUUGAGGUUGCUGUGUUAAGUCAUUGUGUGGAGUUCCUUCAAGUUGCAUGUAGGAUGGAAGAAGAAUUAGAUUUAUCAUAUGUGGAUCGUGAAGAUAUAUAUGAUGACGUGGUUGGUGUAGACUUCAAUAUUAUUGCAAUGAUACGUCAACAAUUACAAAUAACCACUUCAUUGGGUACUUUAACAAUGCUAUGCAUUGUUGGAUACGCUUUGAGUAUCUUGAAUAAGUACUGUAGUGAUUCCAGUAGUGUAAUGAAUUACCUACCAGACAGAGACCGUCGUAGGGAGCAAUUAAUGUCAUAUUUUGUGCAUACUAAUCGGUGCCACGAUAUUAUUAGGAUGAGUCCUGAGGCAUUUAUUAAUCUUUGUGAGAGACUAAGAUCGACUGAGUUAGUUAACGACACCAUUCGGUCAACAGUGGAGCAACAAGUUGCUCAAUUUCUUCAUAUCAUUGGCCAUAAUGUUAAGAAUCGAAGUGUCGCAUUUUUCUUUCAUCGAUCUGGCUCGACGGUUAGCAAACAGUUUCACAAUGUGUUGGAUGCUAUCUUAACUUUGGAAGCUGAGUUCCUAAUUCAACCCUCAGGAAAUGAGGAUUGUUUAGGGGCCAUAGACGGUACUCAUGUUCGUGUAAAGGUGCCAAGAUGUGAUGCUCCUAGAUUUCGAGGAAGAAAAGAUUGGCCAACACAUAAUGUGUUUGCGGCGUGUGAUUUUGACAUGAAAUUCACAUACGUUCUUGCUGGGUGGGAAGGAACUGCAUCUGAUUCUAGAAUUUUAAAAAAUGCUCUUGAUCGAGAUGAUCCAUUGGUUAUCCCCCAAGGCAAAUGCUAUCUUGGUGAUGCUGGAUUUAUGUUGAAAACCACAGUCUUGACUCCAUAUAGAGGCGUAAGAUACCACCUUAAAGAAUAUACACGCAGAGGAUCACAAAAUGCACGGGAGUUAUUUAAUCAUCGGCAUUCAUCGUUGAGAAAUGUUAUUGAAAGAACUUUUAGAGUGUUGAAAAAACGCUUCCCUAUCAUUGCAAGUGGCACUGAACCACACUAUGGAUUGGAUACAAUGACAUACAUCAUACUAGCUUGUUGUAUCUUACACAACUUCCUUCGUGGCGUGGAUAACGAUGACUCAUUACUUAAUGAAGUCGAUAACGAGUUGAAUGAAAGGGAAGAGCAUAAUGUUUCAUCAUCUCAAGUUAGAGAAGACGACCAUAGGAUUGGUAGUGGUAUCAGGGAUUCUAUAGCAGAGCACAUGUGGCGAGAUUAUCAAAACCUGUUUAAAAUGAACAGAGGUAAGGCCCCCGGCAUUGAGUCCUCUGCUCCUACUAGAGAGUUCAUGAAGUGGACAGAGGACAUGGACGCACGUCUUCUACACUCUAUGAUUGAGGAAUCACGAAUCGGUAAUAGGGUUGACGGAAGUUGGACAUCCCAAGCAUAUAGUAACAUAGUUGAUCAUCUUCAUAGCUUUGGGUAUGUCUCAAUUACAAAAAAUAAUGUUAAAAAUCGUCAGAAAGUACUGAAAGAUAAAUGGCGUGAGGUGCAUGACCUGUUUUCUGGAUUUAGUGGAUUUGCGUGGAACCCGGUUAAUAUGACAUUUCAUGCUGAGGAUGAAGUUUGGAUGGACCUGAUUCAAUCGAGGCCAACGGCGGCAAAGUGGAGAGUUAAUAGUAUAAAACACUACAAUUUAAUGGUUGAGUUAUGGGCAACUGAUCGAGCUACUGGGAGUGGUGUUCGGACCGCUCGCCAGGCACGUCGACAGCGGGUUGGACCUCGUGUCAGUGUAGAUUUGAAUCAAAAUAUUGAGUACAUUCCGGAACAGCCUGAGUGGAGUUGCAAGUGGCACUGA